AUGCCCAUUCCUACUAGUUGGCUAUCAUUGCUAUAUGCCCAAAACAGAACAGCUGUUGAACCAAUAUGGUGCCAAGCGAAUGCGAAUGCGAAUGCGAAUGCGAAUGCGAAUGCGAAUGCGAAUGCGAAUGAUAAUGUGAAUGCGAAUGAUAAUGUGAAUGUGAAUGUGAAUGUGAAGGUGAAUGUGAAUGUGAAUGUGAGUGUGAAUGUGAAUGUGAAUGUGAAUGUGAAUGUGAAUGUGAAUGUGAAUGUGAAUGUGAAUGUGAAUAUGAAUGUGAAUGUGAAGGUGAAUGUGAAUAUGAAUGUGAGUGAUAAUGUGAAUAUGAAUGUGAAUGUGAGUGUGAAUGUAAAUUUGAAUGUGAACGUGAAGGUGAUAGUGAAUGUGAAUGUGAAUGUGAAUGUGAGUGAGAAUGUGAAUGUGAAUGUGAAUGUGAAUGUGAGUGUGAGUGUGAAUGUGAAUGUGAAUGUGAAUGUGAAUGUGAAUGUGAGUGUGAAUGUGAAUGUGAAUGUAAAUGUGAAUGUGAAUGUGAAUGUGAAUGUGAGUGUGAAUGUGAAUGUGAGUGUGAGGGUGAGUGUGAAUGUGAAUGUGAAUGUGAAUGUGAAUGUGAGUGUGAAUGUUAAUGUGAAUGUGAAUGUGAGUGUGAGUGAAUGUGGAUGUGAAUUGAAUGUGAAUGUGAAUGUGAAUGUGAAUGUGAAUGUGAAUGUGAAUGUGAAUGUGAAUGUGAAUGUGAAUGUGAAUGUGAAUGUGAACGUGAUGGUGAAUGUGAAUGUGAGUAUCAGUGUGAAUGUGAAUGUGAAUUUGAAUGUGAAUGUGAGUGUGAAUGUGUGUGAAUGUGAAUGUGAAUGUGAAUGUGGAUGUGAAUGUGAACGUGAAUGUGAAUGUGAAUGUGAAUGUGAAUGUGAAUGUGAAUUGAAUGUGAAUGUGAAUGUGAAUGUGAAUGUGAAUGUGAAUGUGAAUGUGAAUGUGAAUGUGAAUGUGAAUGUGAAUGUGAAUGUGAAUGUGAAUGUGAAUGUGAAUGUGAAUGUGAAUGUGAAAGUGAAUGUGAAUGUGAAUGUGAAUGUGAAUGUGAAUGUGAAUGUGAACGUGAUGGUGAAUGUGAAUGUGAGUGUCAGUGUGAAUGCGAAUGCGAAUGCGAAUGCGAAUGCGAAUGCGAAUGCGAAUGCGAAUGCGAAUGCGAAUGCGAAUGCGAAUGCGAAUGCGAAUGCGAAUGCGAAUGCGAAUGCGAAUGCGAAUGCGAAUGCGAAUGCGAAUGCGAAUGCGAAUGCGAAUGCGAAUGCGAAUGCGAAUGCGAAUGCGAAUGCGAAUGCAAAAAGCGUUUAUUCACAAAAUCAAUUAACAUACUAA